ACGCUGCGCUUGUCGCACAGCACCUGCCGAUCGGACCUCGGGGUCCUGGAUGCAGGACUGUCUGUUACGUACAGCCUUUGUGGCCGUCACGGGCGGACACCGGCCAACGCCGGGUCGGGGUGCGUCCGCCGCGGUCCCUCCAUCACCUUCCUGGCCGGGCAGAGGAACCCACUGCUCCGGGCCGUCGGGGCCAGAGGCGGCUCAGCAGCGCCCCCUCGAGGCCAGAGCCCUCCGCAGGCUAGCGGGUUGCGGUUUCCCUUCAUCUCCGCGGCGCCUCUUCCUCCCACGCAGUGCCGCCCACCGGGGACGCUCUCCCGCGCCUGCGCCAAUUCCGCCCUGCCCCGCCCCCAUCUACCGACCGGAUGUUAACAGAUUUCCCAUAGUGCCUCACUAGUGGCGGGCAUGAUAACAAACACCGGAGGGUCGCACGCGGGUUCCAGUUGUGAUUGCUGGGGUUUUUCUGUAGUGUCAGGAGGUUCUCCGAUAUUGGGGCCGGGUCACUGCCUCAUCCGCUGGAGCGAUGGCGUUUCUCCGGAGCAUGUGGGGCGUGCUGAAUGCGCUGGGAAGGUCCGGAGCGGAGCUGUGCAGCGGCUGUGGGAGUCGACUGCGCUCCCCCUUCAGUUUUGUGUAUUUACCGAAGUGGUUUUCAUCUGUCUUGGCAAGUUGUCCAAAGAAACCUGUAAGUUCUUACCUUCGAUUUUCUAAACAACAACUACCCAUAUAUAGAGCUCAGAACCCAGAUGCAAAAACUACAGAACUAGUUAGAAGAAUUGCCAAGCAUUGGAGGGAACUUCCUGAUUCAGAGAAAAAAAUAUAUCGAGAUGCUUAUAAGGCGGAGUGGGAGGUAUACAAAGAAAAAAUAAGCAAAUUUAAAGAACAGCUAACUCCAGAUGAGAUUACAUCUUUGGAAAAAGAAAUCCUGGACAAGCGUUUAAAAAGGAAAGCUGUGACAAAAAGAAAAGAGUUAAUACAGCUUGGAAAACCAAAAAGACCUCGUUCAGCUUAUAACGUUUAUGUAGCUGAAAGAUUCCAAGAAGCUAAGGGUGAAUCACCGCAGGAAAAGCUGAAGACUGUAAAGGAAAACUGGAAAAAUCUGUCUGAUUCUGAAAAGGAAUUAUAUAUUCAGCAUGCUAAAGAGGACGAAAUUCGUUAUCAUAAUGAAAUGAAGUCUUGGGAAGAACACAUGAUUGAAAUUGGACGAAAGGAUGUUCUACGUCGCACAAUAAAGCAACGACAAAAAUAUGGUGCUGAGGAGUAUUACAAGUAGAAGAUUGAGAUGUGUUCACAAUGGAUAGGCACAGGAAACCAGUUAGGUCUCAAUGCCUGAAGCUAUUGUAAAAUUAGAAAGGAUAAAGUUGGUAAACCUUUUAUAUUCAGUGUCUUUUUCUUCAGCUCAUGGACUUCUGCCAGUGUAAUACUUGCUUUGGAAAACCCAGGUAAAGGUUCAUGCAAAAUUUGUUUUGUGUUUAGGAACUACUGAGAAUCAGAGUAAUCCAUGCAAAUGUGAAUCAUUUUACCUUUGACAAAGGUAAAUCAGACUAUAAAGUUUUUUUUUAAUACAGGAUGAUGACUAUGGAAAGAGUAUUCUUGUUUCCUUAUAUUAUGGAGGCAGGAGUUUCCUUUUCAAAAUUGUUACAAAUUGUAGAAAAGAAAACACAACGUUCUGUGAUAUAAUUGUGCAUUUUUCAAAAAGCAGGCAAAACUCAUCUUGGUAAAUUACAGUUCCUAGGUAUAAUUCAUAUUAUAUUCAGAGUUGACGGUUGUACACCUAAGUGAUUGCUGGUUUCAGUCGCAACUUUGUAUAAAAGGGACUGAGAAAUUUAUAAACCUUUUUCUUUUUUUUUGUUUUUUUUGUUUUUUUGAGAUGGAGUCUCGCUCUGUCGCCCAGGCUGGAGUGCAGUGGCGCGAUCUCGGCUCACUGCAAGCUCCGCCUCCUGGGUUUACGCCAUUCUCCUGCCUCAGCCUCCUGAGUAGCUGGGACUACAGGCGCCCGCCACCGCGCCCGGCUAAUUUUUUGUAUUUUUAGUAGAGACGGGGUUUCACCGUGGUCUCGAUCUCCUGACCUUGUGAUCCGCCCGCCUCGGCCUCCCAAAGUGCUGGGAUUACAGGCGUGAGCUACCGCGCCCGGCCUAUAAACCUUUUUCUUAACUGUCUUUUUUCUAAAGUAAAAACUAAGAAAUUAUGUACCAGAUUUAUGCAUAUUAUUUUGUUGCAUAGAAUAAAAUUUUUAAUCUUUAAUUGUACGUUUCCUAAAUAUAUUUUAAGACGAAACAUUUGUUUUACAGCUUUUUCCUUUUUUUAAGUAAGGAAUUUUAUUUUUUUCUGAAUUAUUUUCUCUCAUGUGAGUAUAUUGAUCCAGAAAGAAAACUUGUAUUAUAUAUGUUUUAAAAUGAGAAAUCUAAAAAACGAAGUCUCCAAAGUCUCUGGAAUUUGAAACACUUUGCAUAAUGUAUAAAAGCCUGUUUAAGAGACAGCCAACUAUGGCCUGUGGGUCAAAUCCAGCCAGCUGCCUGCUUUGUAUGACCUGUGAGCUAGGAAUUGUGUUUAUAAUUUUAAAUGUUUUUUUAAAAGACUUUUAUGAUACAUGAAAAUUAACAUGAAUCUUUAGUGUUCAUAAAUAAAGUUUAUUGUAACACAAGAUCA